AUGGCGGCUAAGCGGAUUUCUCGUUCUGCCAUCAACUGGUUGGAGUUGCAUAACCAGUGUCCUAAACACCAGUUGGAUCAAUUUCGUGAUUUCAAGACCCGAACAGAUGGCCUGGUUUCCAGGAUAUCUGGUUUGCCCGAAUCUCUUCCACAAAUAAAUUGGGACGCGUAUGCCCACACAGUCCCCGUUCCGGGGCUGGUAGACAAAUUCAGAAAAGAGUAUGAAAAUCUCCAAGUAGAGUAUCCAAAGGAUUCUGCGAAUGUUCUGGACAAAGUGAAAGCCCAGGGACAGCAAAUGAUGGAUAACGCUAAACGUCAUAUCGCCGUGUGUGAAAAAAUGAAAACGAGUGCAAACAAAAUGAAAAACACCGUUGACAACCUGCCCAAAAUAGAUGAACUUAUUCCAGAACUGACCAUCGCCUAUUUCCCUCUCACGAACUUAGACCCAUUUAGAACUGGGGAGCGCAAGCCCGAAGAAGAGAAAAACCUGUUGAAAAAUGUUGCUCCGAAAGCGCACUGGGACUUCAGUUGA